AAAAAAAAAAAUGUAUCUAAAUUUAGCGUCGAGCCACGUGUUGUGAAUUAGCUUAGCGUGCUAACGUUAGCUAGCCAGCUAGCAUGGAGUCGCUGCUUUUGUUUACAUCCAGACCCGACGAUGGGCCCGGAGAGGCGCGUUAGCUAACCCGGCUACCAGGCGUGUGUGAGCGGGGAGAGCGUCCUCCUGAAGACCGGGGGUCGUCCGUCAGAACUGCCUCCACCUCGGGGAGGGAGGGGGGGUAAGACCACCAGCAGGGCAACAACGAGAAACGCACAUCACGGUGCUGUGAGUCUAAUGUGGAGUGACGUCACGUGUUAUUAUUUAAAGCAGUGAUGGAAGUGUCCCCUCAGGAUCCUCCUCUCAUGGCUAUGGACCUGUCGAAGGGCUACUCCGUCAACCCUCUGACCCGCAGCCACACCGAGGCCAUGGACCUGGCCAAGAAGCCCGAGUGGUACCACAGACGCCCGUCGAGCUGCAGCACCGACAUCAGCUCCCCGUACAGAUCCAGAGCCUCGUCCUCCUUCAACGCACCGCUGCACCCUGAGCCGGGGACGCCGGUCCACUGCAGAGACGUGGAGCAGGGCCCCGAGUCCUUAGGUAACUACAUGAGUUCAACUCUGGCUCCUGGUUUGGAUCUUUACCGCGACGGAGUUCACGGCAGCCUGUGGCAUCCGGGUUUCUACGGGCCCGACCAAACCAGCGGUCCAGUUCUCGAGAGCAGCGGCGGAGAGGAGAGCGACAGCGGCAGCGGAUCAGACGUUAUUUUCCUCGUCUCCUCCGCUAAGGAGCCACUCCUAUGCAGUUCUUUCCUCCAGGACGACGUGAGGCACAUCGUGGAGCCUCUGUCCCCGGCCGUUUCCUCACUGGAUGAAGGGAGAGGCUGCUAUCACCUACCUCAGCCUCUGAGCUCACCCAGUCCCGACAGCUCGUACUCAGAGGACUCCUCGGACAGCUCAGCGGACAUUCCUGUCCAUCACACCAGACCCGUGGUGCUCCUGUCCGACCUCAGCACCGUUUACCCCGCUGGAUCACCUGUGGAUAUUUCAAGCGACGACAGCGACGUCGUCGAAGUUUCAGUCACUAACGAAAAGAAGAAAACAUUUGCCGUUAAAAAAAGUGUUCCUCAUAAGAAGAGUCUGGUGAGAGAAACUCCUCCUCAGAGCGAGGAUGAAAAAACUCCACCUAGAGAAGUACGACGUAGCACCAGAAUCAGGAGAUCUGUGUCCGAAACGCCUCCGUUUACCUGCAGUGGGUCUCGGCACAGUUUGAGGAGACAAGCUAAAAACGAAGCGGUGGGUAUCUACAACGAAAGUUGUGACUCUGACGACGUGAUGAACUACGCGGCGAGGUUGUUCGUCUCGGAUGCUGACGAGGAGUCGACCUCGCAGCCGAACGUGUCACAAAGAGUGGGCAGCAACUCAGAGGAGUCCGAUGUGGAGGUUCAGACGGAGAGGAAGUCGCCGCAGAGAGAGUCGAAAGAGCAGCAGCAGCAGCCUCACUGCAAAGUCUCAAACGCCAAAUGCGUCAAUCGUAAACGAAAGAAGCCCCUCACCCUUUGUAAAACCAAAAAGUUAAGGACUAAACAGAAACAAAACUGCAGCUCCACAACGGAGCAGCCUGAAAAGAAAACAAAGAAAAGACCUGUUGCAAGACGGAGGAAAAGAGUUCGCCCACAGACCGGACCUUCUGCUCUGUUUGCUCCCAGAGAGCCAGAAAUCAAGCUCAAGUAUGCAACCAUGAAAGUAGAGAAGAAGAACAAGAAAGUGGGAAGUUUUUCCCCUUUUGUUCACGUGAGGAAGAAGACGUGUACCGUUGUGAACUACCAGGAGGAGGAGGAGACGGUCAAGAGCAGCAGAGGCCGGCAGCAGAAAGCCACCGGCUCUCUGUCCGGGUUCGUUCCCAGUACUUCCUGUUUCCAGUUGGGUCGGUUCGUCGCGGACAGCAGGUGUCCGGUGACGCCGCUGUGCUGCCUGUGCGGUCAGACGGCCAACGCCACGGCCCUCGGGGACCUCCACGGCCCGUAUUACCCCACCAACCCGUCUGCAGACUACAAGGCCGAGCAGAAAGAGGAAGAACCUUUACCCGUCAGUAGACGUUCAGUGAAUUCCUCUGAGGACAGUUGUGGAGGUUACGACUGUUCUGCUGUCAAGAGUCUGCUCGAGAGUGACGACCGCUCUCCCUCAAAGGUUCCUCUUCGUCUGGACGAGGGCUGGAUCCACGAGGACUGCGGCGUCUGGUCCGCAAGCAUCUUCCUGGUCAGAGGGAAGCUGUACGGGUUGGAGGAGGCGGCCCGGCUCGCACAAGAAACAAUAUGUUCAGCGUGCAAACAAACUGGUGCAAUAAUGGGAUGUUUCCAGAAGGGCUGUCCCAGAAACUAUCACUACAGAUGUGCCAUUCAAUCAGGCUGUGUCUUAAAUGAGGAGAACUUCUCCGUUAGGUGUCCAGAGCACAAGAACAAACUGUUGACAGUUGUAACCAGACAACACAAGAGAUGACGCAAAAGAGAUUUGGGGGAAAUGGAGAAUGAUCCUCAGAUCUCCUCAGGGUUCGACGUGAUCCGUCUGAUUUCUCCUCGGCUGUUUUUUUAACACUAACUAACGUGAGUUAACGAGUGUUUGCUCGAGCAGAAGGAAAAGCCUUCUGGUAAGAUUUCACAUCAGAGUCGGAUCAAUCAGGGGGCCACUUUAGGAUUUUUUUAUAAGAUGUGUCUUUGUCUCUUAAACACAUUUAAACCAAUCAGACAAGAUGCUGUGUGUGUGUGUGUGUGUGUGUGUGUGUGUGUGUGUGUGUGUGUGUGUGUGUGUGUGUGUGUGUGUGUGUGUGUGUGUGUGUGUGUGUGUGUGUGUGUGUGUGUGUGUGUGUGUGUGUGUGUUCGUUUGUUUAUGUGUGUGAAUGGAUAUUUAUUUCUCUUCCACACAAAUGCAGUUUAUUAUUGGAAAAUAAUAAUUAUAUAAGAGUUUAAAUGAGCUUUAUUGAUUUGUUGUAUAGGAUGAAAUCUUUAUAUACGGACACUUUUUUUCUUUCUACAUGUUUUUUGUACUACUUUUUAAAUUACUGCCAUGCUUCAGUCAUCACAUAACAAAACGUUAUUUAUUUUCAUCGAGCUUCAUGCACAGGUGAUGUUUUGCUACGAUGCACUUUAUAGGUUGUUAUUUAUGUUUAUUUGUAGACUUUAAUCUUCCCUUUUUACUUAUAUUAUUUAAAUUUAAUGUAAAGCUGCGCUAAGCUAGAUUUAUAUAUAAAAAUAUGAGAUUCCUGUUUAAAGCCUCUGACUUCGACCACCAACUGAACAUUCAACUUAUUUGAAGCACAUUUACUUCUGGAGUCAGGUUUGGAUCCUUCUGUGCUCACAGGAUGGAGGAAUUUAAGAUUGACAAACAGAAAAAGAUCUCUUAUAAACGGCAGCGUUCAAUGUUUAGUGUUCAAGUCUGUAAAGUCUGCUUUUAUUGUUUUGUUACAAGACUUAAGAAAGUGUAAAAUGAAAGGGUCAGUUCAACAAAAUCAGAAAAUAAUGAGAUUACCCUGGAGUGGUGUAACUCCGAUUGGAAAGGUUUUUGGAGCUGAAACAAUAAGUAAUUUGACAGAAAAUUAAUUCACAACUAUUUUAUUUGUGAUUUUAAUGAUAAAUUAAAAAUGCCAAACACAGAUACACAUUCCAGCUUCUUAAAUCUGAGGAUUGCUUCCGAUCUCUGUUUUAUAUCAUUUUGAAUUUAAUAUUUAGUGGUUGUAGACUGUUUGUCAGACAAAACAAACUAAUUUGUUGGGCUUUGUAGAUUGUAAACAGAAAACAUUUUUUUGCCUAUAUUUGUUUACAUUUUUGGCCAAUUUGGACCAUUACAAAAAUGCAGAAUUAGUUUUCUGUAUACUCAUGGAUGUAAACACAACCACUUGAUAAUUCAACUUAAAAACAUGCUGAUUCUCAGGCAAGUCCUGAAAUAAUAAGCGGCUUUUUAUUGUAAGGGGAUUUACUUAAAACCCGUUUUAUUUAGCAUACAUUUGUUAAUAUUUUUUGGCAAUUUAGCUAAAUGAAAAGAAUGUUAAAUUAGCUAUUAAUAGCUAUUGUUAUCAGUGUACACAUGGAUGUACAGACCACUCUCACUGGAUUACUUUAAUACAGAAGAAAACUUAAAAACAAGCGUAUUCUCAAGUUCUAGAGUUUUAUUGACAUUUAUUCAACCAAAUGUAAAAGAAAAUUGUAAUUCUCCACACUAAGUUCAGUGAAAAAUCCCUCAGCAAAGGAGCGUAUUAAAAAAAAAAGCUUUUUUGUGAUUUGGGUGAAUUGACCCUUUAAUAUAUUUCUGCUGCCAUUUAGAGCUGAAGUCGCCUCGUGCAGCUUUACGUACACAUCUGUGUUUGAGCUCUUUUAUUUCAGUUCACAUGAUAUGACAGAUGAAUAAUUCAUUGUUUAAAAACAGAGGGGUUCACUUUUUAUUAUUUGAGGAAUGAAAAAGACAAUGUUAUUUAAUAAAAGUCAAUAAACUGAACUCUUGUCUUUCUCUCUCUUGAAACGGACAAAUAGAUUUAGAAACACUGAUUUAUGCCGUGUUUGUUUGUUUUAUAUGUAGUUUGAGCAGAAAUUGGGAUCAACAAUGGUUACUGCUGCUCCUACACACACAAACAAAAUGUUCUCGCAACUGCAAGAAGUGAAGUGUGUCCGUGUUUUUGGCAAAUCACCAAAUAUCUGGAAGGGAUUUAUUCUCAAAUGUUUUCUAAACAAGUGAAAAUAUCUGCCAGCUGUGUGUGAUAACCAGCAGAAUUACUUUUCCAAAGAAAAUAUUUUAAUCCUUUAUUUUAAGCAAGCGAGAUCCAACAAUUUUUGCAGUUUUAACUUUUCC